AGGCGAAUCACGUGUAGAGGCUCCGUUGGUCGUCACGUCUCCGCUGUAGCAGCCCCACUCCAUGCUACAUUUCAUUAUUUGCCUACAGUUGCUGCUACACUUUGUUUUGACAGCGGUUUGUUUUAUUUUCUCAUACUCCUCACCGAAGAAUGAGCGACAACGAUGACAUCGAAGUCGACAGCGAUGCAGACAAGCGAGCACAUCACAAUGCGCUGGAGCGCAAACGCAGGGACCACAUUAAGGACAGCUUUCACAGUUUACGAGACUCUGUGCCUUCAUUACAAGGGGAGAAGAAUUCUGUCAAACAGGCUUCCCGAGCACAGAUUCUAGACAAAGCCACAGAGUACAUCCAGUAUAUGAGGCGAAAAAACCACACCCACCAGCAAGACAUCGAUGACCUGAAGAAGCAGAAUGCGUUGCUGGAGCAGCAGGUUCGUGCACUGGAGAAAGCCAAGGGGAACACUCAGCUCCAGUCCAGCUACUCCUCCUCCGAUAGCAGCUUGUACACCAACCGCAAAGGGAGCGCGGUGUCUGCCUUUGAUGGCGGCUCUGACUCCAGCUCCGAAUCAGAGCCAGAGGAGCCGCCCAACAAAAAGAAGUUGCGUGUGGAGCCCAGCUAGGCUCGGGCUCCGCACGGCACUCCCAUCAGAGACUCUUUUGUCCACCAGCCCCCACUCCUCUUACCUGUCCACACUCGAUCCAGCCUUCUCACGCCAGUCCAGGAGACAAGGUGGAGACCGUGUGAGAGAGGUGCUAUGUAUAAAACGCUUCUACCUUUCUCUUUCCUGGCCAUCACUCCUCUCGUGGCUCAGCAGCAACUCUCAAGACCCCCAAAGUGAGGCAGCUCUGCAGUUCUGAAGGACUUAAUGCUUUUAAAACCUCAUAAUAACCAUUCAUAAUCAAACAUGGAGAUGACGAGGUGUAAAGCUUUAGUAAAGCUACAACAAAUACCCUGAUUUUUUUGUUUUGUUUUGUUUUUGUGGUUGUUUUGGGCAACCUCUGCAGCCUGUUUUGAGACUCGCAGACCUUUUGAGAAAUUGUCCUUAGAAAUAGUUUACCUUUUUAAUAUUCAUACGUUUUCAGAAAAGAAUGUGAAGUUGCUCAAGGAAAAAAAAAAGCGUAUGUCAUGCAGGGUGCAGCCCUAUUGGUUCAGUGUAAAUGGCUGAAGUAUUUGUCUUUGGAAGGUUUUCUGUAAUUAAAUGAAUCCCUGUGUUAAAGCUGUUGAAAUGAAAUUGAUUUCUUAUCCCAUAUUGUACUUUGUUGUGUGGCUCGGGAGAUUUUUCAGUGAAUGCUGAUGGGUAAACAAGUUGACCUCUCAUUUUCGUAUAGUUCUCACAUAACAGUUUCAGCUAUUUGUUUUUCUCUAAUUUUCAUUACUCUCAGAUAAAGUGGGUAUUAGCCAAAACAUCCCCAAAUGGAUACUGAAUGUUACACAAUGCAGUUAAAAAGGCAGUGACCUUUAUUUUUGUUAAUGGAAGAAUUUCAUAUCAGUGUGGUGUUGUAUUUAACACUCUAUACUCUUAAAUGUUGUCAGUUCUGCAAAGAAAAACCUUUCCUGGAAAUAUUUGCCUGUGCUGGGAAUGUUUAUAUUUCUUUUCUGUCCUAUUUGCAGAGGUACAUUAGUGUGUACGAAGUUAAUAUUUGUUUAUUCCAUUCCAUGGAAAUUACAAGUAUGUUGUACAUACUGCCAACAAUUGUCUUGCAAGUUGAGGCGUACCUUUACUAUGAGACUAUAAAUAAAACUAUUUUAUCCUUUUA